UCCGUUGAAGGCGACGAUCCUUGUUUACUCGGGAGCAAGCCCGACAGGGAGCCAUUGUUUGCUUUGCUGUGUUAAAAAAAAACCUAACUCAAUUUAAAGUAAAUAUUAGGAAACCAAUAGGAAAUGUCUUGGGUUAACAUGUCCUGUUUGGAGUCCUUUUAAGGAGAAAGGCGGGGUUGAAAAUAUUGUAAAGAAAAUAAAUAAAUAUAGGUAGGAUGCAAAAUUGGUUUGGGUGUUUAUCUUAAGUUUAGAAAGUUUGUUUGGGGGGGGGGCGUUUGAAAGCUGUCCAGAAACCCAAAUAAAAUCUGGAAAGACCGGGAUAGCAAAUCAAAAGGGCCAAGCUGAAUUUUUUUACCACCUUAAUUCACAAACAAACAAAUGAGAAAGUGAAGAAAUAAGAAUAAAGAAGAAAGCAAAAGGAGAUAAAGGGAAAAUGUGGAAGCGAGGAGAUUUUAAGGUGUUUAUUUCCCAGAUAAAUCCAGCAAAUCCCCUCGUUUUUAAAGGGGUACGUGGAGGAUUAAGGAGAGCUAAAAGGUGCUACUCUGAUGCACUUUUGUGCCUGGAUUUACUCCUGAUUAAAUAGGUAUGGGAUCGCCCUUUAAAAAAAGCAUACUGUACUGAGAAUUUGCAUUAUUGCAAUGUGUAUAAUGUGGAUUUUUUUUCCUCCUCCACGCCUUUAAACCGGAGGGAGAUGGGAGGGAGGAAUUUGGAAGUCCCUAAAAAUCUGUUUAUUUGUUUAUUUAUUUGAUUUAUAGACUGCCUUUCUCCUGAGAAGGGGACGCAAGGCUGAAAAACAGACAAAAUGAAACAUUGAACACAAUGAAACUGUCCGCUAAUUGAAAUGCCAUUGAAUCAUUAAAAGCAAGUCAACUUUUUAAAAAUCGUGUGCUUUUAGAGACUCAAAGACUCAAUGACAUUCCUCUUUUAUUUUUUCGGAAGUAGGCAGUUGCAAAAUUUCCUCCAAACCAAAUUGCUAAUUUUUGGUUACAUGUUGUUGUUUUGAUCCUUUCUUCGUCCGCUCACAUGCCGCAGUGAGUGAGUCUCGGAGCAAAUCCCAGUAAGAAAAAUGGACCAUUCCCGUCUCAACCCCGAUGAGCGGCCAUGACCGACUCGAUCCCGGCCGGUGUACCUCCGGAGUCUCCCGCCGGGGAGGAUCCACAAAGGCCCGAGGGUGGAGCAAAGGUUGAGAUCCGGAGGGAUCCUGAUUCCCCAGAGCAGCUGGAGUACCCCAGUGUUUACAUCUGUGCACAGCAGGACCCUGGAAGCCCCAGGGACACGUCGGACGGAGGGGCGGCUGAGCCCAGGCCCCCCCAAGCGGGAGCAGAUCCUGGCGAGGUUCUAGAGGGGCAGAGCAACUCCGUAGGGACGGCGGGCGCUGGGCACGGUGACUCCACGGAGCCGGAGGACGGUGUGGCGGAAGUGUGGAAGGAGGAUGAUGGGGUCCGCCUCCGUGGCCUCUUGGACCAGCUGCCGGGUUUCCGGGGGGGCUCGCCCACCUCGGAAGACGGUCUCCUUGCGGCCUCGGAUGGCGAUGAAGACUCUUCUUGCAGGGGGCCGCAAGAACGGGGCCUCCUCUUCGACACUUCCCACGGUCCGGCGCUCCUGGAAGGGGCAGCCCCCUGGCCGCUGCAUGUGGCCACGGGCCACGGUUUGGGGGGCGCUUCCCGGUGGCUCUUCCGGCCCACUCGCGGCCAGAAGAGUCGGGGCUUGCUUUCGGCCGAAGCCGACCGGGAAGACCUCGCCAGCCUCCUCCGCUACGAAGGGGGGGUCCCAGAGGAGACGGGCGACCAGACCCCCCUGGCCCGCUCCGAUGCAGUAGCCGGCCUCCGGGAGCCGUGGGCCGCCGUCGGCGCCACGGUGGGAAAUCCAGAGGCGCUCCCUGUCUCCAGCGAACCCGACCGGGAAGGGCUUUGCCGGUGGGUUGAACGGGAAGGUCUUCGGCCAGAAGCAACAGUCUCCUUGGAUCUGGGCGGCGGCAGAGGAGGCGCUUCGGAGUCCGACGACGGAGCCCCAGAACCGGGAUUGAGUCACAAGGAAGAGUCAUUGCAGGAUCCUGCGAUAAAGGAUAAUGAAACCAUGGAUACCGAUUCCGCAGAUACAGAGAGCAAAUCUGGCCUGUCUUCCUUUCCGGCAUUCAAGGAGGUUCCAGGUCCGUGCGAUGCGGAGGAUCUGCUGGAGGGGGUGGUCUUCGGGGCUCAGUACCUGGGGUCCACGCAGCUGGUCUCUGAGAGGAACCCCCCCACCAGCGUCCGAAUGGCACAGGCGCAGGAAGCUGUGGACAGGAUUAAGGCACCGGAGGGAGAAUCCCAGCCCAUGACAGAUGUGGACCUUUUUGUCUCCACGCAACGAAUCAAGGUCCUUACGGCUGACUCCCAGGAAGCCAUGAUGGAUCAUCCUCUGCAGACCAUCUCUUACAUCGCUGAUAUUGGGAACAUCGUGGUGUUGAUGGCCCGGCGGAAGCUGCCGCGCCGUGCCGAUACGCCCGUUGAGAAGCAGCUCUACAAAAUGAUCUGCCACGUCUUCCGCUCUAGUGAUGCCCAGCUGAUAGCCCAAGCGAUAGGCCAGGCUUUCAGCGUGGCGUACCAGCACUUCCUGCGGGCCAGCGGCAUCGACCCCAGCCAGCUCGUUUCCCGGGGCCUGAGUGCGGAAGAUGACGAAGACGAGGAAAACGCCCUGGCGAAAGUAGAGGAUCUCUACAAUGGGGAUCUGGCCCACUUCUGCAAGCAAGAGAGUUGUAAGGAAAUCAUCAUUCCUAAACAGAAAGGGGAGAUCCUGGGGGUCGUGAUUGUAGAGUCCGGCUGGGGCUCAAUCCUGCCCACAGUGGUCAUUGCCAACCUCAUGCACCGGGGGGCGGCUGAGAGAUCGGGGAAGCUGAGCAUCGGGGACCGGAUCAUGUCCAUCAACGGGACCAGCCUCGUGGGUUUGCCCCUCACCACAUGUCAGAGCAUCAUACGGGAUUUGAAAAACCAGACUGAGGUGACCCUCCGCGUGGUCCACUGCCCGCCGGUCACCACCGCAAUCGUCCGGAGGCCGGACCCGAAAUACCCGCUAGGAUUCUGUGUGGAAAACGGCAUUAUCUGCAGCCUCAUGCGCGGUGGAAUUGCAGAACGAGGCGGGAUCCGCGUGGGCCACCGCAUCAUCGAGAUCAACGGGCAGAGUGUGGUGGCCAUGCCUCACGAGAAAAUCAUCCAGAUCCUCACUCAAGCCGUCAGCGAGGUCCAUAUCAAAACAAUGCCCACUUCCACCUACCGGCUGCUGACGGGCCAAGAGCAGCCAGCCUUCCUGUGACCAACGCCAUCGGGAGGGAGGAAGAGCGAGCCGCCACCCUGCACCUUCCCGGUCUCGGCAGAGCAUCUUCCACCCCACCCUGGAGGUUGGACUGCAACCCAGUGCGGACAGAAACGUGUGUGUCUGCGUGCUUUCGAGCCCAGAGCCAGGCGCCUGGGGUGGCGGGGGAAGAGUUUGUGUGUGUGUGUGUGUUUGUAUUUUAGAUCAUCAACGGCGCCACGUUGUGCUGUUCAGGGCCGGAACCCUGGGCUAGCGGUUUAGACCGGGCCAUUAACGGAAAAGGUACAGGGAAAUGUACAUGUAAAAAAAAUGUUUGCUGUCUGUAAUAAAUAAACAAACAAACCGAGGAACUUUAGACGUGGCACAGCCAGAAGGAGCAAAAAAAGUUGGUUCGAUAAAAGCUUUUUUUAUAAUAGAUUGCUGUUUUUUUAAUGCCUACAAAAGAGGGCCUAUUUUAAUAACAUCCCCCCCAAACCUAUAGGGAGAGCCCUUCUGGAUCAUCACUUUGUUGUAAAACUAAAACUGCGUGAAAUAUAUUGAGCUGUUGCAACUAAUAAAA